GCGAGGGGCGGGGCCGGGAUUCGAAGCGGGGUGAGGGCGGGCGGCCCCAUGGCCAGGCAGGCGGUGCGGGAGCAGCAGGGCAUCACCCUGCGGGGCAGCGCCGAGAUCGUCGCCGAGUUCUUCUCCUAUGGGAUCAACAGCAUUCUGUACCAGCGGGGCAUCUACCCCCCCGAGACCUUCACCCGCGUCCAGAAGUAUGGGCUCACCCUGCUGGUCACCACCGACCCCGAGCUGAAGAACUACCUCAACAACGUGGUGGAGCAGAUGAAAGAGUGGCUCUGCAAGUGCCUGGUGCAGCGCCUGGUGGUGGUCAUCUCCAGCAUCGAAAGCAAUGAGGUUCUGGAGCGGUGGCAGUUCGACAUAGAGUGUGACAAAACUGCCAAGGACGAGAGUGUACCCCGAGAAAAAUCUCAGAAAGCUAUUCAGGAUGAAAUUCGGUCUGUUAUCAGACAAAUAACUGCCACAGUAACUUUUCUGCCUCUGUUGGAAACUGCCUGUGCCUUUGACUUGCUGAUUUACACUGAUAAAGAUUUGGCUGUGCCAGAAAAGUGGGAAGAGUCAGGACCACAGUUCAUUGCCAAUUCAGAAGAGGUUCGCCUUCGUUCCUUCACUACCACGAUCCACAAAGUAAAUAGUAUGGUAGCUUACAAAAAGGAUUCCUUCCCCUGAGACAGUGGUUCUUGUACAUAUCUUGUCAUCUUGUAUAGUUUCUGUUCAUAGUGCAGCUAUUAAGAACACACUAUUGCUCUUGCUGAAGUAUGGUACAGAAAAAAGGCAAAGCAAAGGCAAAUGUCUGAUAAUGUGGUUUAACACUAGACUAUGCUGGCAUUGUUGAAAGAGGUCUAAAUAAGGUGUUCAUAAUGAUAGUUAAAUCCUUUCUUAACUGAACACACCAAACUAAUGGUGUGCUAAGCUAUACAGAAUUUACUGAAAAUAAUCCUUGAAUCUAGGAUUAGUUGGUAGAAUUCGGAUCCCGUAUAAACUGCAUUCUAUUAGCAGACUGACAUCAAAAUUCCUGCUUCUGACAUGCCAGUCUUUCACGUAAAGAUGUUCCUAUUAGGAAUAAUCCAAAGCUAAUCAAGGCAAAUUCUGAAGCGAUGUGUACCUCUUUACAAUGAAAGCAGCCAUUUAUCAGAAAAAAAGCUGAAAUACAUGAAGCCUUGUAUGUUAGAAAGGGGGCCUCUAGUUCUGGGGAGCGCUGUUCUGCUUCAGUGUAUGUCUCUUUUUUUAAUGUCUGUCAAACAUUUUCUAUGUUUGUAUUCUUGUUUUAUGGAAUAAAACUUGAAAUUUUAAGUCAGA